AUGAUGGCAUACACUCCACGCCCACAAUUUUUGUUAACCCUCUUUCGCGAACUCUUCAAUACUAUCAUCUACUCCGCAGGAAAUGAUCCACUACUUGCGCAAACUCAUCGAUUUGUUCAGAAAGGCCCUGCUCAAACCAACAAUGUUUUACUUUUAGCACCUAUUUUUCUCGGUAUUAUCCUCAAACUUCUAAUCGAAUACAUCAUUGGCCACGUCUUAAUGUCUAUCUUAAUCCUCGAAUCUGUGGAGAAGCAGGUCAAUAUCUCUGAGGUCGGAGACAAGAAGCUAGCCCCCUCAAGUCGUUACUUGCUCCAAACUAGUGCCGUCCUUUACCGCAGAGGGGGUUUCCGCCUUCUCCUGAAUGGCAUCGGUUCCGCUUGUACCUACUGGGUGACGCACACCUUGUUGACGAAAAUAUCAACUAUUCUGCUUCCUACUCCGGUGGCGUAUAUUAUUGCAUCAGUCCUGCUCGCGGAGACCCAUUUCUUCUGGACCGCGCACACCAUCCUUCCUCGCGACCAGCUGCGCUUCGUGUCUAGUCCCCGCGAUCGCCGACGAUGGAAAGCUCUGGCACUUCCCACUUUGAUCUACUCCGCGGCCGAAGCAGUGAUGAUGUAUUUGCCGGCUCUAUUCGACAGCACUCUUGCUCCGUCGUCAAACGAGAACGUCACAAUAGAGGGGUUAUCGUAUAUUGUGAGAUCCGAUAUCCUGAUAUCGGCGCUCAUGCUCUUUACCCAGCUGUCUCUUCUCCUUCCCUCUUAUAUUAUGUUAAUUUUAGUGCAGGCCAGUCUUCUGCCACCCAGAUGCGAGACGCUGAUUUUAAGGCCGUCACGAGAGCAGCAGCCAGGUAUACGGGUAGGAGAGAUCUUUUCGGCGGCCAACCGAGGACCGCUACAGGCACGGGAGGCGGCGCAGAUGAUUGGGACACGAAGGUUGCUUUAUUGUCUGGAAAUGCAUGGAAAGAUGUGUUUAUGUUUGCUUGUAAUUACCGCUACGGUGCAUUUGAUGGUCUACUCUAUCUUGUAA